AUGACAUACAACUUUUGCGACGAGUAUGGCAGGCCGUAUGUUUUAAUACGGGAGCAGGAGACGCGGCAGAAAACCGAAGAAAAGAACAUUCUGGCAGAGAACAUUGACAACUUCUGUGGCAUUGUGGACACGCUAAGCACUUCGGUGGGGCCGUUUGGAGCAGAUAAAGCAAUAAUAAGCGCAGAUGGAGAAGUAACCAUAACAAAUGACGGCGCGACCAUUCUAAAAGAGAUGGAUCUUGAGGGAACUCCAAUGGGAAGGCUAAUUACGCAGCUCAGCUCAGCGCAGGAUGAUGAAGUGGGAGAUGGAACCACAAGCAUAGUAAUAAUAGCGGCAUCUCUUCUGAAAGAGGCCAAAAAACUUGCAGCAAAGGGAAUGCAUCCGCUAAAAAUAAUUAGAGGAUACGAAGAAGCGCUAGAAAUAGCACUUGGCGUUAUUGAGAAGGAGUCAGUGCAGCCAGCAAAAGAAGAGCUCCAUGCCAUGAUGGAGAAGGUUGCGCAAAGCACUCUGUGCAGCAAGGUAGUGAGCAGAGACAUUGACAACUACAUAAAAAUAGCAAUUGAAGCAGUGGAGGCUGUGCAGGAUGCGCGGGGAGAGGCCAACCUGGAGCUGAUUAAGAUUGAAGGAGAAACCCAGAUGGGAAUGAGUGAGCUAAUUAAAGGGGUAUAUAUUUCAAAGGAAUUUAGCCAUUUCCAGAUGCAAAAGGAAAUAGAAGAUGCAAAAAUAGCAAUCCUUGCGUGCCCGUUCGAGCCACCUAAGGUAAAGAUAAAACACGACCUGAACAUUACCACAGUGGAGGAGUUCCAGGAGCUCUCAAACUACGAAAAGAAGGUUUUUGCAGAGAUGAUACAGACCAUAAAGGACUCAGGUGCCACAGUGGUACUGUGCCAGUGGGGGUUCGAUGACGAAGCAAACUCUCUUCUUAUGCAGGCAGGCAUCUCUGCAGUAAGAUGGGUUGGCGCACAGGAGCUAGAGAUGGCAGCAAUCCACACAGGAGCACACAUUGUCUCAAGAUUUGAAGAUCUAACAGAGGAGUCUCUGGGAAGCGGGUGCGUGGUUGAAGAGAGCGGGAGUAUAAGAAUAAGAAACCCAGAAAAAACCUGCGCGGUGACCAUACUUGUACGAGGAGCAACAGCUGCUAUAAUUGAAGAGACAAAAAGAAGCAUGCAGGACGUGCUCUGCGUAGUAAGAAACCUUAUAAGAGAUCCAAAGGUAGUGAAGGGAGCAGGCACAAUUGAUCUGCUUUGCGCAAAGGCAAUAGUAGAAGGAAUGCCAGGAUCGAUAGGAAAUGGAUACUCAAAGGCUUUGCAGGAGCUACCCAUGGCCUUGGCGCGUAAUAUGGGCGAGGACCCUAUUGCAAAAAUAUCAGAGGGCAUUGCAGACAAUAUAUGGGAGGGCGCAUACUCCAAGAAGCACCAGCUAAUACUAGCCACACAAACUGCUAAGUCCAUCAUACGAAUUGAUGAUGUUUUUGGAGUAUAA